AUGUCGACUGUAGCCUUCCUAAGCACAUUGAUAUUGUCAGUGCCAGCCAGACAGACUUUGCAAGAAGAUAACCCAAGUGGAGUCAUUCUUAGUACUGAUGAUUAUUUUUAUAUAAAUGGACAGUACCAGUUUGAUGUAAAGUACUUAGGAGAAGCCCAUGAGUGGAACCAGAAUCGAGCAAAAGAAGCAUUUGAGAAGAAGGUAUCUCCAGUAAUCAUAGAUAAUACAAACCUCCAAGCAUGGGAAAUGAAGCCAUAUGUUGCUUUGUCUCAGAAGCAUAAAUAUAAGGUCCUUUUCCGGGAACCAGACACAUGGUGGAAGUUCAAACCAAAGGAACUUGCAAGGCGUAAUAUCCACGGAGUAAGCAAAGAGAAAAUCGCGAGAAUGCUGGAGCACUACCAGCGUUUUGUUUCGGUGCCCAUAAUCCUGAGUUCUUCAGACCCAGAGAAAACGGAGCGGAUUGAGCUGUGUGCGUACUCUAGUGAGGACAGAAGCGCUGGCCCAAGAGACAAUGAAGCUCUUACCUCUGAAAAGGAAGAAAAUGUCUUAUCCGCACCUGUGAAGCGCUUAGAGUCAAUGGAGGAGAAGACACUUGAAGCGGCCAAAGAAGCGAUAUUCCCUGAGAGUGCUGCCCCCGUCCCUCAGGCCAGUUUCAGCCGAGGAAGAAAGGAGACCAGUGUUGUGGGUCAUGGUGGACACAGCCCCUUCUUCCAGGAAGCCCCAAACACCUGUCUUCCUCACCCGGAAAGCCAAGUUCCGGCCACAGACAAGAGUGAGACAGAGCAAGAGACACCGAAAGCGCGCGUUGAGGCAGAUGCUUGGAGCCCUGCGGAGGGGGCACCCCCAAGUGGUUACUGUGCUGAGGACAGUCAAGAAGCGGGUGAGCUCGCAAGUGCUGGGGCCCUUCAGAGUGAGAACCCCCCACCUCCUGAAAUCCUGGAAGAAAGAACAGCAGGAAAGAAAAAGACCAUUGGAAAACAAAAAAGCAAAUCAUCUUUGGAAAAGUUCCCAAAACAUGAGCCAUCAAAUUUUGUUGGUGACUGGCCAGUUGAUAAGACAAUUAGCCAGAGGACCAAAAGGAACCGGAAAACCGAGAAAGGUUUAUCUGUACAAGGUGACAAAAAAUGUAAUCGCCCUCCAUCGCACAAAGUAUCAGAUGCUAGGGUAUCUAUGAAUACGGAUCACGUCCAGCAGCGAGGAUCUCCACAUGGCAUCGAAGAUCUUUCAGAAGUGCCCAGUAGCGGUCAGUACGAUGCUUACAAAGGUACUGAGCAAACCUCGUUCAGCAUUGUGGGUGACUGGCCCUCAUCUGCUUCUUUAGCUCAGAGAGAGCCCAGGUCGAGAAUACCAAAAGCUGGCCUAAAUGAAGCCAACUUAGAAUUUGGAACUAAUGACAACAUGUGUGAAAUACCCCUGUAUCCCACGCAUGAGGCCUACUGGGGCACAAGCCCUGAAGAACUGAAGUCUCUGGGUUCCACUCUGCGAAGUUCUGAAAUGCUGCCUAGUAAAACAGCUCCUGAAGCGCAGACUUCCCUGAGUAAAACGGUUCCUAGCCAGCCCGCUCUGCCCCUCCCCUUUUCCGCUAGUGCGGUAGCUCCUCCGCCUGGAGUCGUGGCUCCGCCUGGACUCGUGGGGCCUCGGUCUCUAGCAGUCGGAGUGUCUAGAGUUGUCUCUGGGAUAGAUACAAGCGUAUGUGCCCAGACUGAGCACCAAGAUUUUGCUCUCUUGUGGAAACUAGAAAAGAAUAAAAUCAGUGUUUCAGAUUCUGUCAGAGUGCUAACAGGAAAAUUAGAUGGGUUUAAGCCAAAAGAUUUCACUAUUAAUACAAAAUUAAAUGUUCAAGAAGCAAUUCCAUACAGAGUCAUGCAUGAUAAAAGUACGUAUGUUGAAGAAAGUGAGCUUACCAAUGCUGAUGAGUCUGAAAAUCUUAACAUCCUUUGUAAACUAUUUGGAUCAUUUUCCUUAGAAGCCCUGAAAGAUUUAUAUGAGAGAUGUAAUAAAGAUAUUAUUUGGGCCACAAGCCUUUUGUUGGAUUCUGAGACUAAAUUAUGUGAGGAUACUGAGGUUGAGAAUCCCCCCAAAUCGUAUGAUGAGUCACAAGUUGGGCCAUUUUCUAUGGGGUUGGAUUUGAAGGAAAUUAUUAGCCACAGAGGAACCUCAGAAGAUUUGAAUUUUGUGUCAGAAUUUAACCCUGGGAUUGGUAUCAGGAACACUAAUGCACAGUCUACUGGUGAGGCAGAAAAAGGAAACUCAAAGCAGGAAGAGAUAAGAGCUACAAAUCCUGAAAACCCUGAAUCACUAAGCAGACUAUUUCCUAAUGCUGCUAUCAAUGUAAAGAGUAAUAAUGAAAUCGUUUCUAACUGUGGAACUAAUUUGUCAGGUGCCUAUUGCUUUAAGGGGUCUCUUCCACUUACCCCAAAAUCUAACAUCCUCAAAGAUGUUAGUGAAGUGGAGAAGAAUCCAGUAGCCACAGAGACUGGAGGCAACGUUCUUUCUUUUUUAAACUUGUCUGAUAUCAUAAACUCUGCAACGAGCACUUCAGAUCCUGAAUUAAACGAAGAAGUUUAUCUUACCGGCUCUUUGGAAGCAAGGAAAAAUGAGACUCUUCCUAAGGAUUAUGUGAAAUUUGGAAAUAUGGAAGAAUUUAUCAGUGAAGAUAAACAGGAAAUGGAGAAGAUUCUAAUGCCAGGAACUAGUUUGUCAGCUGGCGUUAGUGAAGAGGAUAAAACCGAGGUAUUGAAUCCCACACCAGUAAUGGCCAAAUCUCUGACCAUAGACUGUCUGGAGCUGGCACUACCCCCUGAGCUGGCUUUCCAACUUAGCGAAUUAUUUGGCCCAGUUGGUAUUGAUUCAGGGUCUCUAACAGUUGAAGAUUGUGUGGUUCAUAUAGAUCUGAAUCUGGCUAAAGUGAUUCAUGAGAAAUGGAGAGACUCUGUAAUGGAGCGACAGAGACAGGCUGAGGUGUCUUGCGGCAAGUGCGGUCAAGAUCCUUCGAUGGCUGGGACUGCUGUUCUUGAUAAUUCUGAACAAAAAUCAUCUCAGAAAACAGGCAAAAAAUUAUUGAAGACUUUAGCAGCACCCGAGACACUGGAUCCAUGGAACACUCAAACAAAAAAAGUUUCACUGCGAGAAAUAAUGUCAGAAGAAAUCGCCUUACAAGAGAAACAUGAUUUGAAAAGGGAGACACUUAUAUUUGAAAAAGACUGUGCCACCAAACUAAAGGAGAAGCAGCUUUUUAAAAUAUUUCCAGCCAUUAACCAAAAUUUCCUGGUGGACAUCUUCAAAGACCACAACUAUUCACUGGAACACACAGUACAGUUUCUAAACUGUGUUCUUGAAGGAGACCCCGUGAAAACAGUGGUAGCUCAGGAAUGUGUUCACCAAAAUGAGAACAUCACUUCUCAUCCUGCACAGAAAUCGAAAGAGAAGAAGGCAAAGAAAUCGAGAGAGAGUGAUGAUCCCACAGGUGACGCGUCUUUCCAGGAUUUUGAGUACCCUGAGUACGAUGACUACAGGGCAGAGGCGUUCCUGCACCAGCAGAAGAGGGUGGAGUGCUACAGCAAGGCCAAGGAGGCCUACCGCAUGGGCAAGAAGAACGUGGCCACCUUCUACGCUCAGCAGGGCAGUCUCCACGAGCAGAAGAUGAAAGAGGCCAAUCACCUGGCUGCCGUGGAGAUCUUCGAGAAAGUCAACGCCUCUCUGCUGCCGCAGAACGUCCUCGACCUCCAUGGGCUGCAUGUGGAUGAAGCUAUAGAGCAUUUGACGACUGUUUUACAGCAGAAAACGGAAGACUUUAAGCAGAGCGGCGGUAAGCCCUAUCUUUCCGUGAUUACGGGGAGAGGAAACCACAGCCAGGGAGGAGUUGCUCGCAUCAAGCCAGCUGUCAUUAAAUACCUCACCAGCCACAGCUUCAGGUUCUCUGAAAUUAAGCCAGGGUGCUUGAAGGUCAUGCUAAAGUGAAAUUUAGAAGCCCUUGACUUAGAGGCAUGAAGCUUACAAAAUCACCGUCAUCAAGAAUGAGGCGGCAUUGCCCUGCACUGAAAGGAUACUGACAGACAGAGUGAGCCCCCAGAGAGCAGACAAGCUAACGGGAAUGAAACUCAAAACCACGUUCUUACAUCUUAGGAAUCAUGCUUUUCAAAUACGAGCCUUACCAUUGGAUUUUAUUGCCAUAAAAACAAAACAUCUAUGUUUCUUACCUACAAAUGGUGUUCUGUUUGCUUUAGAAGGACAUAUGUAAUGACAAGAAGGGACUAGAGAAGCAAGGCUAGAACAUCUGUGUCCUAACGCCUCAUGACCUCAGUUCAUCCAUUGUGCCCUCACAGUUGACUGCCGCGGUCAGUGAUGAACCUGUUGUUAUUGUUAUUGUUGUUUACCCUGAGACGUCUCAGUCACGUGCCACAUUGCAGCUAGCAGUUGAAGAAUAGACUAUAAGCUGCUCGGACAGUAUAUCAGAAGCAAAUGUUUUUAUUUGUACUAUAAAAACGUGAUUUUUGCUGUCAACUCUGUACUUUUUUAUUGAAAAUGUUUAUAACUUUGCUUUUAAAAUUUCUUAUGAAACCAUUUGCAAAUUACACACUUAAUUUAAUAAAAUGCUUUAGUCACAAAAAAAAA